GAAUGUCAAGAAUCAGCUGCCCUGACCCUCUUCUCCACUGGGCUGGGCCUCGCACCCUUGAAUCUCGCCGCGGGGCCUGAACACGCCGAGUUCCUUGAGCCCUUCCUCUCCGGGGAGGGGAGCCCUCUCGCGUCGUUGGUGUUUUCGGAACCGGGGGGUGUAGCGAACGCUCUGGAACGGGGUGGGAAGGGCUUCCAGACGACUGCACGGCGGGAAGGGGAUGAGUGGGUGAUCAACGGGGAGAAGAUGUGGGCUACGAAUUGCGCGGGGUGGGAUUUUAGGGGUUGCGAGUUGGCUUGUGUGGUUUAUAGGGAUAUUACGACCCCGCUUGAAGAAAGGCAGGAUCCGAAGGAUAAAGUAAUGAUUAUUCUGGUGACGAGGGGGGAUUUGGAUAGGAAUGGGGAGGGGGCUUUUGAGGUGGUGAGGCAUGUUGCUACGCCGGGGCAUACGAGUGUAAGUGGGCCGCAUGUGCGGUAUACCAAUGUCAGAGUGCCAGCCAAGAAUGUUUUGUGUCUACCGGGAAAGGGGGCGGAGGUGGUAUUUGGGGCGUUUGAUGGGAGCGCGGUGCUGGUUGGGGCGACGGGGGUGGGGUUGAUGAGGGCUGCUUUUGACGCUGCGAUUGCAUUUGCCAAGAGGGAUGAUAGGGGCGGGGUGGUGCCGUUGUUGGAGAGGCAGGCUUUUGCGGAUUUGUUGAGCGGGGUGAAGAUGCAGACGGAGGCGGCAAUGGCGUUGACGUGGAAGGCGGCGCAUGCGAUGGAGAAUGGGCCGGGGGAGUAUGAUGCCAGGCGAGAGCUGGCGCUGGGGGCGAAGGUGUUUGGGAGUGAGGCUGCGGUGAAGGCUUGCAUGGAUGUGAUUAAUGCGGUUGGGAUUACUGCGUAUGAACUUGAUCAGCCGUUCUCAGAUCUGCUCAACACUGCGGUUGUGCUGCCGAUUUUUGAUGGUGGAAAUGUGGGCAUCAGGAGACGGCACUUGCAGCAGUUGAUGCUUUCCCCAACGUACGAUGCAUGGGCGGCCACCUAUGGGCCCUCGCAGGAGUGA